AUGGAAGAGGCGCCGGAGAGCGAGCACAUAAAAUGGGUGUUAACAAGAGACCUGUAUGUGCAAGAACUGAAGAAGGCUACUCGCAUAGCAGCUCCAAUGGUGGUGGUUUCGGUGUUGCAGUACCUCGUGCAACUCGUGUCAGUGGUUGCAGUCGGACACCUUGGCCAACUCUCGCUAUCCAGCGUUGCCAUCGCCACUUCUCUGGCCAAUGUCACCGGCUUCAGUCUCCUUUCAGGAUUGGCUGGCGGACUCGAAACUCUAUGCGGGCAAGCUUUCGGUGCCGGGCAAUUCCAGAAACUCGGAGCUUAUUUUUUCAGCGCCACCAUGUCUCUCAUUCUCGUUUGUCCUCCAGUUUGCAUCCUCUGGAUUUUCACGGACAAGCUCCUGGAACGAAUGGGCCAAGAUCCUGUAAUCUCACUCGAAGCCCGUAAAUACUUGAUGUGGCUCAUUCCUGCGCUGCUCGGGGGCGCGAUCCUCAAGCCGCUCGUUCGGUUUCUCCAAACUCAAAGCCUGAUACUUCCCAUGCUCCUCAGCUCCUUCUUGGUCCUCUGUUUACACAUACCCCUUUGCUGGAUUCUUGUGUACAAAUUGGAGCUAGGAAGCAUGGGCGCAGCCUUGGCCUUCAGCAUAUCGACUUGGUUGAAUGCAAUGCUGCUCGGGUUCUACAUCGUGUUCUCGUCAGCAUGUGAGAAAACCCGUGCACGGUUCAAUAAAAACGCCUUUCAUGGAAUCCUCGAGUUCUUCAGAUACGGAAUUCCUUCUGCUGUAAUGAUAUGCCUAAAAUGGUGGUCGUGUGAGCUGCUCCUGUUGUCAUCUGGCUUUUUACCAAAUCCAAAGCUCGAGACCUCGGUUCUCUCCAUAUGUCUUACGAUCUCUACAUUGCACUUCACUGUGCCAUAUGGUUUUGGAGCUGCUGCAAGUACUCGGGUCUCAAACGAACUCGGAGCAGGGAACCCGAACCGGGCAAGGGUGGUAGUUCUGGUAAUAUUGUCUCUAGCUAUUAUUGAAGCGGUCAUUGUGGGAAUUGUGCUCUUCUGCUGUCGUUAUGUACUGGGAUAUGCUUACAGCAAUGAGAACGAAGUGGUGCAUUACAUUGGAGUCAUGACUCCUCUUAUUUGUCUCUCCAUUUUCAUGGACAGUAUACAGGCAGUCCUAUCUGGAGUAGCCAGGGGAAGUGGAUGGCAGCGCAUAGGAGCAUACGUAAACAUCGGGGCGUUCUAUUUGAUAGGACUCCCAAUUGGACUAAUUCUCGGUUUUGUCCUGCAUCUACGAGCGAAGGGGCUUUGGAUCGGUGUCAUAUCAGGAACCGCCGUGCAAUCGGCCCUCCUCUCUCUCAUUACUGGAGCCACAAAUUGGCAAAAGCAGGUGAACGAGGUCAGGAAGAGGAUAUUUGCACAAAAUCCUCACCAAGAGCAAUGUGACCAGAGGACUAGGAUUAUAUCUGCAAGAUAA